CGCGAGCUCAGCACUGAAUCCUUAGACAUCAUCAGUUGUCAGCCAGAGUCUGAUCAGCCGAUUCGUAUACUUCGCCUUAAUCAACACCUCGCGCUACUUCAAGAAACGAGAGACGAUCAAAUUCGCUGGAUGUGGAAAGGGAUAAAGUUGAUUCAACAUCUGCGGUCAUAUGAGGCUUUCCUUGGUGAAUCAGGCUAUACUAAAGAGAAGGAACGUAAUUCUCAAAGGGCUCGUGACCAAUAUUUGAGAUACCUCUACAAAGGUUGGAAAUUGGACGAGGCAAAGGAAAAGGAGGCGAGGACAGGUUUGACUGAGCAUCUACGCUAUGGAAGGAGGUGGAAGAUCUUUCUAGAUGCUUUGACGGCUGGAUUCAUUAUCGUUUGCGGUCUAAACUUUGCAACGAAAGUAAUCAGAACUGAUUACACGCUACUGGAUCUGGAGACCCUUGCGAGCCAGAUGACAAAGUCUAGGAUUUAUCAACUAUGCGAAGCGUUCAGGUUACCGAGUGAGCAGUUACUUAAUGCUGGUCGUGUAGAUGGUGAGUACUCUAAUAAGGAUUUUAUGCUGGCAGAAGUGCAGCGAGUAUCUCGUGUAAUAUUGAAGGUACGGUUUGAGCCUACUUAGGUUGUGGCCAGUCAGCCACGCGAGGAGGCCCUGCAUAUAUAUAUGCGAGGCGGGGAUACUAGGUG